GUUCCUGUAUAAAUAUAGAUUCGCUAACAGUCGAGCGCCAGUGCAAAUAAGCAUACGAAAUGGUCACUUCAUUGGUAUUGUUGGUGAAGGCUACGCUGUUGGUGGUCUUCUUGGCUACCGCUUCGGCGUAUAUAUUGAACGAGGAGUUCAGUACGAGACCUCUACCUUCCAACUGUGUGGAGGCAAUGUGCUUUGCAGGUUCAGAGGCCAAAAGCGGCAUUUACCAAAUUCGCUUACCAUUAAAAGGUUGGGAGGAUCGACCCUUCUACGUUUACUGUUUACUCGAUGGCAAUGGUGGUGACCCCAGAUUGGUGGUGCACCGUAGACAGAGCGGACACAUCGACUUCAAUCGCAACUGGAAUGAUUAUAAAGUUGGCUUCGGAAACUUGGAGACAAAUUUCUGGAUUGGUUUGGACAAACUGCAUGCUCUCACACAAGUGCAACUUAAUGAGCUACAAAUCGAAUUGCAUGAUUUCAACGAUACCGUUAAGUACGCCCACUACGAUAGUUUCGCGGUAGGCGGGGAAAACGAAAAAUACGCAUUGAAUAUUUUGGGAAAAUAUUCUGGCAGUGCAAGUGAUUCCUUGAUAGGUACUCACGAUGGCCAAAAGUUCAGUACAUACGACCAGGAUAACGAUAAUUCCACUUUGAAUUGUGCGGAGGAUUACAAAGCUGGCUGGUGGUACAACGACUGCUACGACAGUAAUCUAAAUGGUGAGUAUCUUAAUAACAACAAUAAAUCAAAUGGGAAAGGCAUCAUCUGGAGAAAAUGGCGCGGCGGCAAUUAUUCGUUGAAAUAUGCUCACAUGGCCAUAAGACCAAGAGAUAGAGAUGACAUAAGUGUACAGUGUUGAGAUAAUAAAUGAAGACUAAUUCAAAAGUCGUAAUUCAUUUCGUUUAACAUUCAACAGAAAUGAAAUUAAAUAAUUAAUAUACAUAUAAACUAUUCGUUGAUCAUUUGUGCCUUUGUGUUUUUGUAGUAGAUCUGCGAAUGUUCUCGAAAUAAAUCAGAAUAUAUAAAUCAG